AAACAGCUUCGGAGUGGCCUUACUCUUUUUUUUUUCAUCAGUCCUUCCCUUUGUUUGUUUCAUACGCAACAAAUUGGAAAGAGCUUAAAAAAAACGAAGAGUGGAGUGUGGAUUAUGCGCACCGAGAGAAGAAGAAAUUAGAGCAGACGACAAUUAAUGACGAUUGAUGAGAGCUGUUUCCACUUGAGCCUCGCAAGAUCCUAUAGCUAAACCGCACCAAAUCCAAAUGGAAUAGUCCCUUCUCUCUCUCUCUCUCUCUCUCUCUCCAAUUUCCCCUCUUUUUCUCUCAUCCUGUGGAAGAAGAAGAAGAAGAAGAAGAAGAAGAAGAAGAAGGAGCUCGAGUUUCUGAAAGCAGAGCCAGUGCGCGAAAAGUGUGAGAAGAAAUGAAUGCGAGAGUUCGACCCAACAUUCAAUUUCAGAUAGAGAAAGCUUCAAUUCAUGAUAAACAGGAGAAAAUGAAGACAGAAGGAAGCAAAGAGAUGGGUGAUGAAAAAGUUGGGAUUAAGAGCAAUAGAAGAAGAUUAAACAGAGAAAAGAAAAUGGCAUUGCUGCAAGAUGUGGAUAAGUUAAAGAAGAAGCUGAGGCAUGAAGAAAAUGUUCACAGAGCUUUGGAGAGAGCUUUUACUAGACCUUUAGGAGCUCUGCCUCGUCUUCCUCCUUAUCUCCCUCCAUCUACAUUGGAGCUUCUAGCUGAAGUAGCUGUUCUGGAAGAGGAAGUUGUCAGGCUUUCCGAGCGAGUUGUGAAUUUUCGGCAAGACCUCUACCAAGAAGCUGUCUUCGUGUCCUCACAGCGGAAUGUAGAAAAUUUUGUCCUUGGCAUUGAGAGUAUCUCAACCGAAAGUUUAAAGCAUGGUCGAUCGAAAUCCUUUUCACCAAAAUCGGCAUGUCGGUCUCAACCACCACUUGCAAGAAGUAUUUCGAGUAGGAAGAUGUUAUUUAGUCACAAUGUCUCUGAUCAAACAGGGAACUAUUCUGCCAGACUCAUAAAUGCCAGGCAAACCUCUUGGAAAUCAAAUUCACCUUCAAAGGAGAAUCAGUUUGGUUCUUAUUAUGUGAAAGAUAAACCUUCUCCAGAAAAGAAAACCACUAAAAUUGUCAGCCCAUCAAGGAAGACUCCAACUAAACAUGAAGUUGCAGAGAAGAGUUUUGAUGCUUUGAAGUUGCAGCUUGGGUCCAGGUUACUUGAUAAUGAAAGAGCAGAAGAGAGUUCUUUUGGUGCGUCAGAUGAUCUCGAGUCCAAAACAUCCCCUAAUGAAAUUUCCGAGGGUAUUGUGAAGUGCUUGUGCUCCAUUUUUGUUGAAGUGAGCACUUCAAGCGACAAAUGUGUCGAAUCACAAACUCCUCAAGCAUCAUCGGACGCCUACACGAGCAAUGUAGAAGCAGAGCUUCUGGAUCCAUACAAUAUAUGUUCAGAAUCCAAAGGAAAUGAUAUCGGUUCCUAUCGACAUCUCUUUGCAGUCGAGGCAAAUUCGAUUCAUCUCAAUGAAAUGGCUAACACACUUCCCCGUAUCCACAGACUGAAAUACCUACUUGGAAAGCUUGCCUCUGUGAGCUUAGAGGGUCUUAAUCAGCAGCAGAAGCUGGCCUUUUGGAUUAACACCUAUAAUUCUUGCAUAAUGAAUGCACUUUUGGAGCAUGGAAUACCUGAGACUCCAGAAAGAGUUGUAGCUCUAAUGCAAAAGGCCGAGAUUGUCGUCGGGGGGUACAUUCUCAAUGCAAUGACAAUCGAGCAUUUCAUUUUGCGACUGCCUUACCAUCUGAAAUUUAUGUGUUCAAAGGCCAUCAAAAGUGAUGAGAUGAAAGCGCGAGAUGUGUUUGGAUUAGAGUGGUCUGAACCAUUGGUUACGUUUGCUCUUUGCUGCGGAAGUUGGUCGUCUCCUGCGGUGAGAGUCUACACGGGAAGUAAUGUCGAGGACGAGUUAGAAGAGGCAAAGAGAAGCUACUUACAAGCAGCAGUUGGAAUAUCAAGGAGGGGGAACAAGAUAAUGCUUCCAAAACUAUUGGAUUGGUAUUUACUUGAUUUUGCAAAGGAUUUGGAGUCAUUGGUGGAUUGGGUUUGCUUACAACUGUCUGAUGAGCUUAGAAAAGAAGCUGUUAAAUGCCUUGAAAGGAGGGGACGGCAGCCUGUUGAAGAGUUUGUGCAAGUGGUUCCUUAUGAUUUCAGUUUUAGAUUGCUUUUCAACAAAUUAGAUUUGUGAUAUAGAAAAUGCAGUUCAAAGUAUAUAGAAUAUAUUAUGUGUGGGUCUUGCAAUAAUAAAAGUGAUGCUGGGUGUGAUUUUUUAUUGGACUCAAUAAGAUUUUUAAACUCGAACGAA